AUGUCGUCCGCAUCACAUAACCAUACCGUUUCCAACCGGUCCGGUAAAUCAUCGACCGCGCGAGGCCGUCCAUCACAACCCGAGCCCUCAAAAAUGCCAACAGCAAAGGACCUCAAAUACUUCACCCCCUCAGCUGCCACGGCAUCCGUCUUCCUCUACGCUCAGGGACCGUCAAUAGUGUGCUGCCACCACGAUACUCUCACCAUCGACCGAAGAUUCUCACGCCAUGUGGACGAUAUCCAACUGAUUGCAGUGGAUAACCAGAGUGAAAUCGGCGCUGGCCGCUUUGUCGUGAGCUAUGACGCUGGGCAGACGGCUAUUGUGUGGGAUUUGAUGACGGGUGAUGAGAUUUCUCGCUUCGUUUCGUACGAGACGCUCACGGUUGCCGCUUGGAUGCGGAAUGGAAACGUAGCAUUUGGCAACACCCAAGGAAAUAUCAUCCUCUUUGAGCCUACCACGUCCGAGCACAUCUCAGCUAGGACGAUCGAUCAGAUUGCAGUAACGGCACUGGCUCCGUCGUCUGACUGCCGAACCUUUGCCAUUGGCUAUCAAAACGGGUCGCUUUUAAUCGCGACAUUACAGCCUCGCUUCACCAUCUUACACAACUUGACCACCUCGAGAGGGCCAUCGCCCAUUGUCACGCUUGCCUGGCACGCAUCAUCCUCAAAGCAAAAGUCGGACAUGCUGGCUGUCCAGAUGCACGACGGCGACCUGCGGGUCUGGAGUGUGUCCAAGUCGUACAACGCAGAGGAACCCAAGGUCGUCAGGGCGCUUCGGAGAAAUGAAAACUACCAAGCCGGCCCUAAUUGGAUGGGAUGGUCCAAGAACGGUCGCGUUAUCCAAUUCUCAGAUUCAGAGACUUUUUCGUGGGACGUAAGAACAAGACAUGUUACUAAGGACUCUAUCCCAACCCUGGAGCAUGUAAAAGGCGUAGCUCUCUAUGGCCCCGGAGCGAGCCUCUUUACCCUCGGGCCAAAUAACACAGUACAGCAAUUCGAUCUCAACUCUCCAGCCAUCAUGGUAGCCAAUGUACAGCAUCCCGCGGGCGUCCUCCCGCCAUCUCCCCCCACUUCCGAAGAAACAGGAGGCAGAUCCGUACACUCCGCUACGACGAUUCAUACGUCAGAGUCCGAGUCAAGCUCCAUUCCCCUGGAGAUGGGCGUCUCCGAAAGCGACGAUGAUCAUCUAUCUCCUUUCCAGCGCCUAGUAAAGCACAACCCCCCCGAAGUACCUAGUAACGAAGUUUAUGAGACAAACAGCCCAGCCUCUAGCCGGAGCGGCAUGUCAUCCUUGUCAAAGUCUUCGGCAGGUUCACGCACGCCCGGUAGGCCGGCGGGAUCACUAAGGUCGCGGGCCAAGACGGAGGGAACAUAUAUUUCUGCCGGAUCGUCCCUGAAAAGUUCUACCGUGGGACGGCAGGGGCAGGGGCAGGAGCUAGACAACUAUUCGAUGGGAUACUCGCUUCCUACCACAAGCGCUCCGUCGUUGGCCUCAUCCAAAUCUAAACUUCGACCCUCUCGUUUGAGACACGAGGUGCCGAGGAGCCCUGCUGAUGACACCAAGGUGCAGGAUCUGUUCAAGUAUACUCGUUCGCGGUUGAGCGACCUUCCGUACAAACAUCCCAUACCAUCAAACUACCCUCAUCUCACCAAUGACGAUUUGCGCCGACAGAUGCUCAACACCAUCUUCGGAUGGAAUAAAGAAGUGGACGACCUUAUUCGCGACGAAAUGAGUCGUUAUCCCGCCGGAUCAGCAAACCGUAUAUUACUUGCCAAGUGGUUAGGUGAUUUCGACGCAGGCAUUGUAGCCGCCAGCUCCCAGAAUAUGACCUCAUCAGACUGGAUGCUGUUGGCACUGAGUUCCAUUGGCGGACACGCGUCCCAGCAAAAGCUCGGUCGCGUCUAUGUCCAGCGUCUUCUGGAGAACGGCGAUGUCCACGUCGCGGUGACGAUUAUGCUUGGCAUGGGAGACUUUAAUGAUGCCAUUGAGAUUUAUAUCUCGCAUAAGAUGUAUAUGGAGGCUCUUAUCCUCACUUGUGUGGCUUUCCCCAGUGUCUGGGAGCGCCAAGUUGCCAUUGUCAAGAAAUGGGGCGAAUGGGCGAUCAAGCAUGGCCAGCAACAGUUGGCAAUUCGCUGCUUUGCAUGUACCGACCAAGAAUCUUCAGAGCCUUGGACCUCGCCGUCAGCUGCGCAACUCAGCUUCCAAAACGUCACGCCGAGUAUCCCUGAGGUGUUGAGCCCUCCAUUAUCACCACCAGGAAUCCAGUUGGGUCCUCAGCGCAGCGUCGCCAAAGCAUCAGCGCUGAAGCUGGUCACGUCAUUCGGUGAUCAGACCCAAAAGGCCAAGUUCUACUCGCAGGCUGAUGGAGGCCAAACACCCAUUGCGGCUGGAGUAACGCCGAUUGCUGAGUCGGCUAUUUCUCCAAGUGGUGCUUAUGACCCUGCGACUGCAUUUCUUCGGCCGUCGAAUAAUAGCCGGUUCAAUACGCCAACAUCAGCUCGCGCUGGCGGCCAAAUGUUCAAUCGUGGCCGCUUACCCUCGAUCGGAGAAUCUGCCUUUGAUAGGAAUAGUCUGAAGAAUAUUGGAGCUGUCAUCCAGCCCGUUGACAAGCCUCAGGAGCAGCGAGCAAGCCACUCUCGCAAGUCCUCUGCGACCCAAGACAACAUGACAACGGGACUUGCGAUGCAGCGUGCUGCUACGGCCAGUCCGAUGAUGAUGAGGGAAAAGUUCCCGUCUGUCGUUCAGGGAUAUGCGGGCGAUUAUACGAAUGAGCGGCCUCCGUCUCCCGACCGCUCGAUUAUGAGCAGAUUACAGGAAGUCCACGCAGCACAGCGAAACGGCUCCCGGGACCGGAUUCCAGCGCAUUUGCAUCUGCAACUGCAGCCCAUGGCACAGUUGGAUGAUACCAUGUCUCCUGAACAGUCAAACGCUGUAUCUAACCGCUACCACUGGCCGACUCGUCGUCGUGGCACUGGUCCCAGUACUGCGCCUCUUGGAGGUUCUGUGGCGGGUUCCAUCACCUCCAACUCAAGCGCCGGCCGUAGUCACCGAUCAAACGGUCGCCACAAAGACGAUUACGUUCACAGCCUGGAAGCGGCACAGUAUUACUCCAGAGGAGCUGGAAGUAGAAAUGGGAGCAAGGACCGGAAAAGAGACCCAUCCACCGGCCGUCAUACCAGCCGAGAGCGACGGGCCAAAUCGCGCGACCCAUCUGAAGAACGUGGUAGAGGCUCGGCCAGAUCUUGGACUAAACCAAAAAGGUCUCCUACAUCUCCUGUUCCAAUGUCUCCGGAAGACCUGGCUAUCCUCAGCACCCGUAAUUUCGAGAAUACGGUUGAGCCCUUGACGAUUCGAAAGGCGAGCGUGUCAAAGAGCGGAAAGACGAGCUUGCCACCUUUGGAUACUCGUGGACGAAGCCAUGGGCGAAGCAGAUCGGCUCCGCGGUCACCAACAUCCCCAGUACCAAUGUCGGCAACGGCCUUGCAUUACCAGGGGUCGGAAGACGAAGAAGACUUUAGGAGGGCCAUGCAGGCUCAGGAAGAAUUCAGAGCCAAGCACAGCCGGAGCGUUGGCCACAUUGGUAGUUCUCCUGCCAUGAGUCGACGCGAAAACCCAGAAAGCCGCCGAAAGGAAGCGGCAAUUAGUGAUGAUCGCAACCCAGCUCCGCUUUUGCCUCAAAUCCGAGCUGCCUCUACAGAGCACGCCGGCGAUUUGCGAAAGAUGAAGGAUGAACGACAGCGGAAGAAGGAACAAGCCGCGCGGGAGCUCGAGGAACGACGAAAAUCUCUUGCAAAGCGACAGAUGGGACCUCAAAUCCCCCACCCCAGCGACAUAGUAUCACCUAGGAAGCCUCCUCCUCUGGUGGAAGCUGAUGAUGAGGUGCUAGAUGACGAUCUCCCUCCUCGCUCCGCAACAGAGCCUCCGAGGAGCAUGUAUGCUAGAAAUGGGCCACAGAUUGGUCUGCCUGCUACACCAAAGGCGAUGAGACUUAUCCUCCAGACAGAUGAGGAGGAGGAUGAAGAGCUGCCGCCACCUCCAGUCCCUACAACAUUCUCCCAAAAGUAUUCCCCACAGAGUUCGCCCAAAUACUCUCCGCAGUACAUGUUGGAAAAGAAGAAGGCGGCGCAAAAGGAAGAAGAGGAAGAGCAGCAGCUACAGCAACAGCUGGAACAACAACAACAACAACAACAACAACAACAACAGCAGCAGCAGCAGCCACUGACAUUGUUGCCAUCGACAGUCUACCAGCUGCCCUCGACGGUUUACCAACCACCAACUCGACCUAUGAUUCCGCGAAGCAUGUCUGCGCCAAUCCCUGAUGAACCAUCGCAACAACCCCGCUUCAUGAGAAAGGGAAGUGCCAAUGAGGGCAGGGGCCUCGAUGAUAUCGUUGAGACGGAAUGGCGCCGACAGAGGAGCGAUCUGGUGCCUCCACCGCCGCCGCCACCUCCUUCGGCGCCCCUUACUUUCCUCAAAGAGUUGCAGCAUCUGGCAGUUCCACCUCCUCCUCCACCACCUCCGUUGCCACACGUCCGACGACAGCCUCCCGUCGCUGGGACGCUGGCUUCGGGCAUGAUUGAGAUUGUCAUGGAUGACGACGAGACGGAGGAGCCCAUGGUGGUUGCCCCUAACGAUGGCAUGGUGCCUGUGCUUGCUCCUCCCGAGCCAAAGGGACACAACCGAGGCCGCAGUCUUGGAGAAGGCAGUCUCUCUGGUCGCAUGAGCAAAGCUACCGAACGUCUCCGCUCGGGCAGCCGCAGCCGCAAAGAUGGAGCUAUUAGCAUCAUCAGGUCACCGCUCGAGGCUUUUGGCGAUGCGACCGGCAUGGGCCAUCUUCGAUCUCCCGUGGCGGGCUUGCCGCCUCCUGUCUUGUAUGAUCGAGAUAUCGUUCGAUCGCCAAUUGAGGGACACGGUAGGAAGAUGUCGAGCGGGAUGUUUUAA